UUUUUUUUUUUUUUUACUUUUGUAGCUUUGCCUCAGAGCCUGAACUCCUGACGUAUUUUCACAAUUUGGUAGAGGGCAAUAUGCUGUUAGUGACCAUCCAUACAAUAUUUCAUUAUGUGAGUCAUAUGAUAAUUUUGAUAUUCAAAUGACAUCCAGUUACUACGAUGCAAAGAAAGAAAAAGCUAAAUGAAGAUAAAACAGUUCAUUUGACCAGUAUAUAAUCAAUCUCAAAUUUUAAAUAUAUUAUAUCUUUAUUUCGGCAUAAACUUGGAAGUUUCACUUGGCUGAUUGCAGAGAACGAAGUCCCAAAAGCUGACUCCAACAAAUUAUCAUCACAGAGAACGAAGCCCCAAAAGCUGACUCCAACAAAUCAUCAUCGGAGGAUUCAGAUGAGUGAGAUUGGGGUGGUGGUGAUCGGAAUCUGCCGUGUAAUUGGUGUUUUUUCAAUUAAAAAAAAACCCAAGAUAAUAAAUGUAUUAAGUAUGUUAUUACCAUUUUAAACGAAAUCAAAGUACAUGUUCUUCCUUCUACUAUUAUAGUAGAUGGAAGAACGUGUAUUUUGAAUUCGUCCUUUUUACUACUGUGCAUUGUGUAUUGUAUUGUUUAUAGGAGUUAUGAGAUUGAUCACUGUUCGUUAUCUUCACCUUUCAUUGUGAAGACUACUAUAUACAUGAUUAUGAAAUGUAUGGAGCUCCCUAAUAAAAUUGCGGAAUUGUCUAUCGUCGGAGGCCCCAAAUUCGUUACAGUCCUACAGUCGUGUCCCUUUUGUUUUCCUCGCGUAUCUCGCGAGAUUUUAUCCUAGGUUGCGCAAUCCGUGAGAAUUUUUUUUACUAUGAUAUGUGACGUCACAUCUUACUACACAACAGCCGACAAUGCGAUCAAAACAGGUAAUAUUUUCUUCUUUUUUUUAUUCAAAUAUUUGCUAAGAUUACUUAAUCCCAAAUAAAGACACAGAUGGAAAUGGUCAAAUACACUUCUAAACCCAAAAUUUAAGAGUAUAACAUCGGCUGUCUCCUUUGUUGACAUCCAGCGAAUGAAAGUCAUUUGAUCUGAUUGGAAUGUUUAAGGCCAAACAAAGAUAAUUUUUCGUUACGAAGAGUGAAGUUGUUUAUAGCAUUUUAAAAAUGUUUUGUGUUAUUAUUAGGUUAAUCCUGUGUCCAAAAAGAAAAAAAUACAGACUGUAUUCUCCCACAGCUCUGACAAACGCCUACAAAAUGGUAAAGGAACACAAAAUGUCGGUUAAAAACGCAUCGAGAAUGUUUCAUGUGCCUGAUACAACUCUCAGGGAUAGAGUUCUACAGAAGCUUCUGAUAUGGACCAAGGUGACUCAGGUGAGCGAUGUGGCCCAUGGGCCUCUUGUUAUAAGAAGUCCUGUGCUGGAGUGCUUUGAAGAAGCAAAUCUUGUUAGACAUUUUAAGACAAUGGCAGCUUAUGGGUAUGGAUACACUAGACAAGAAUCUGUUGAUAUUGCGUCUGAUUAUGCUGUGCAUCUUGGCAAAAGAACAAUGGACAAGCCAUUUACAAUGAAGUGGAUGAGGGGAUUUCUCAAAAGAUGGCCUAAGCUCAAAGUCUUAAAGCCAAGGGGACUUGAACAUGUGCGAGCAAAGAUGACAUCCAAAGAGACAGUUGCUGAGUAUUUCAAGAAUCUUGCAAACACUAUCUCAACAUAUAACAUGCAUGACAAGCCACAUCUCAUUUAUAACAUAGAUGAAAAGGGCAUAUUCAUUGAUCAUAAACCACCAUCAGUUGUAAGUGAUUCCACAUACUGCCCACAGGCUGUAACUUCUGGUCGGGGAAAAACUAUUACUAUUCUCGGAGGAGGAAGUGCAAAAAACCAUUUCUUGAAGUUUGUACCUCGGAGAAACAAUGAAAAGGUUCUUCUACUUUUGGAUGGACACCGCUCCCAUGUUUCUGUUAAUCUGGUAAAAUGGGCAAAACAGCAGGGCAUCAUCAUCUUCAUUUUACCUGGGCAGAAUCCGCCGUAA